GAAAAUGAAAAUGGAGGUGGGAUGAUGAGCUUGUUUUCUGGCAGUGGAAUGAAGAUGUCCUCUCUCUUUGGGGGUCAAGAGGAAGAAGGUGGAGAUGAUAACGGCGAAGGAGAUGACAAGGACAAUGAUGGAGAAGACGAGGUUGAGGAUGACGGAGGUUCUGGGGACGAGGAUUCCAAGGAUUCCUCUUCUAUGAUGUCUCUAGGAGAAGGCACUUUUUGUCCAGAUACCUUGAUCGAGAAUUUGCAUCCCCGUAACGCUGACGACAUCCCGAAGAAAUUUCUCGCGGAGGAAGAGCAAGAAGGAAUUGUUGAAGAGGAGGGGCAAGAGGGUGCAGAAGUACUAGAGGGGGACAAUGUUGAGACAUCGAUGGCCUCACUUGCAUCAGUCUUGAUGAGCAAGAGUGAGAUCAAAAAAGCAGCAACGGGAUUACUAGACAAGGACGACUGCUCGGGAGAUGCUUCGGUAAGGACAGCUGCCUCAUCGACAAAGUCAACAACGUCAGGGUCAGGUGGAUCUCCCGAAGGAAGCAAAAGUUCGCCUGAAAACACGAAGAAAACAAGACCUUCUGCUGGUUCUGCAGAGAACAGCGACCACGACGAAGAGGAGCAGGAAGAAGAAGAUUCGGAUGAUGAAGCUGAGAUUGCAAAUCGUAUCAGACGGGAAGUGACGGACAUUCUAGAAGCAAAGUUUCCAGAUAAGUCCGAUCGAAUGCUACUCCGUGCGCGUACCCGUUAUAACGCCCUUGGUUUCUACACGAGCAAUGAGCAGUUUUGCUACCCUUUGACUUACCAGAAGUUCCAAGGAACCGGUUUGUACUUCCUAGCUAGUGGCUUCAACCACAGCUGCGAGCCGAACGUGAGUCGCUAUUCCUGUGGUGAUGUGAUGAUAUUGGUGACGAACAAGGCAGUGAAGAAAGGACAACAACUGUGCAUCUCGUACGUGGAGAACGAGAUCUUAUCCGAAGCCAAGAAAAUCCGAGACGGCACAUUGGAUCGUGAUUUCAUAUGUGCUUGUGACAGAUGUGAGCGAGAAAAAUCGGCACACGAAACCUCUAGUACUCGUUCCAAAGCUCAAGACGCAGAAAAGAAGCAAGAGACUUGGGCAGCCGUAGAUGCACAAUUACAAGCCGAACUCGCACUGAUGCCUCCAAUGGAAUCCUUGGCCUUGAUCGAUGAGUAUCUAGACAGUGACCACAAGUUGCUGGCCAAGGACAAGCAGGAAUUGCGCAGCACUAAGGGAAUGACUCUGUGUCGUUUGGGAAGGUUUAGAGAAGCUAUUGAGACUUUCAGUGGAUGCGCAAAGUGGCAGGCGGAAAACACUGGAGAAUUCGAUGAGAGUUUGGUAACGUACCAUUUGCUCCGACUAGUAUGCGUGUUGGCGAUGCAGUGCAAAGGGCAGACUAGUACCACUCCCAAAGCCUCCACAGAGUCAGAACCUGACAAGAAAAAACAGAAAAAAAGUACUACAUCAUCUUCAUCGACUAACGAAACUAGCGAAUCUGCCACGACUACUACUUCUAUCAAGAACGAAGCCUUAGAAUCCGCAGUCAAAGUUCACGGUGUCCUCACUGGAGUGCAAGGAAUCGCUUUUUUGAGACAGCGAUAUAAGCGAGAACUGGAGGAAUACCUAAGGUGGACCAAUGCAGCACUGAAUAAGAACCAAAGACAAGAACUUCAAGAGGUUUUGAAGACUACUAUGGCUGAAGCUGUAGAGACGAAACUGUAGAGUGACGAUUGAAUGUGUCAUACGAGCAAUGCGACGCAAAACCUCCAAAUGUCUUCCUACGCGAACCCCAUCUCGAUGUGUAAUGACCCAAGCCCGCACGGAUGCUGUCAAUGAACACGACUCUAUCUGAUUUCCCCAGUAUUAUUGGUUUGCAUGAUACGAAGAGAUGCGUGCCUCAUCAACG